AUGAACGGAACUCUGUAUAUAUUUGUGAUCUACUACAUUUGUUUAGUAUGUUGUACGCCAGCUAAUAUCACGGACCGUAAUUUAACAAUAAAGCACUUAGAAAACAAAGAAAGACAUGUUUUAAGGAAAAUCAAUGUAGCCAUAGAUGAUGCAAUCAACUACUUGAAACAAAGCAACGACAGCGAUGCUGUUGAAGGUUCCCUGUACAUGGGUUACUUAAAGGAACAGCUCAAAGACUUACAAGGAGGCGACAAUGAGGCGGGAGUCACUGCUGCUAUGUCUGCUGCUGAUAAUAUGACUAUGAACGAUAUUAUUCAGCAAGGUACUGAUGACACUACUCAAGCCUUUAAUUCAAGUGGAAGGAGAAAAUUAAGUAUUUUAUUUAAUCGCAAAGAUGAAGUUUUAAAACAAUCCAUCCUAAAUUUAGCGAAAAGUAAAGUUAAAGCCCAAGGUAAAAUAAGUAAAUUUGGCGACAUAGAGGUGCCUAAGAAGGUACUAGAUAAAUUAAAAAAUAAGCAAGAAAUAGAAAAGAAGUUAGCCAUAUGGUUGGCUCAGAAGGAAAAGGAACGAGAAUUAAUAAGACAAUAUAAAUCGAAAAGCAAAGUGAGAGAGCUAACGAAAGAAAAGUGUCCAGAUUAUGGUGCCAAACACAAGUACACAAAAUAUCCAUGUUGCAGGAAAUGUUGUAAAAGUUCAUACCUAGGUUGUUUCAAAUAA